AUCACGUUCCGCGCCCGACUUACUGGCCCGCGUGCGUUAACCUGCUUCUUAAAAUCUGCAAAGCGCCGUGUCCAAAGCGCGUUCUCUGCUCCCCUUGUGAAGAGCAGCCUGGAGUUACGUCAGACACUGGGGGGAAAAGUGCAGGCGAGCAAAGAAGUGAGGAGCUAUUUGUAGGCAUUGCGUCCGAACCCGGGUUAGACUGCUCACUGCUCCACGAUCAAUGCAAUUAAAAACCAUAACUUUACACUUAACAGCAUGUGGUAAGUCACCCUUUUCUUGGGAAUUUCAGCGGUGGGGUGUAGCUUCUUUUUUCACUUGACAGGGUUUCAGUUGUUGGCAUAAAUGCGCAUGCAUAACAGAUGCAUACUACUAACUUUUUGUGCUGUUAAUACUAAAUGAACCAAUUAUAUUUUUUAACUCAUAGAUUUUUUUCUUCAUUACAUUUUUAUGUCAAAACAAUAUGCCUCACACUCGAAAUAGGAAUCCUAGUCCCAUCCCAGAAGUAACAUGGGACUCGGGUCUGAAGGAAAUGAACGAAACGUGGAAGGGAGCUAUUGCCUGUCUCGGUGUCGCAGUGUUCUUCGUAAUGACCAUUGGGAUCAUUUAUUGGCAAGUGGUGGAUCAGCCACACAAGAACUGGAUUCUCAAGGGCGGUUUCAGCGGACUCAUCUGGGAGAGACGGACCCACUCUCUUAUCAUACAGACACUCGCGGAGGAUAAGACCUUUGCGGAGAUCGACGUCGGAAACUUCCCGGACUCCGAUGUGCCGUUUGUGAAAAACCUGUGCUGGCUGAACAAGACCGAGUUCUGUUACACGUGGGAUGCCAUCGCAGAUCUGAAGAUCUCCUUCGAAUCCGAUUACGCAGCAGCAUCAGAAUGCUACAGCAUAAACUGGACGCCUCUGAAUUGCCAAGUGGAACUCAAGGACUGCUUUUCCAUGGCAAAUAUUUCCUGGUAUGGUGGAGCAAGUGUUCAUGCACAGAACUGGCCAAUUAACAAUGUGAAUGUUUCAUUGCAACCAUUCAUUGUGAGUAACCUGAGAGACAACCCCACAGGUUAUGGAUCAGUCUUAGAACGAUACUUCCUAGGAUCAACAGGUGUAGCUUUGCUGGUUGCUCAGGAGGUCCCAGUGCACAUUUCUAUUGGCAGCCAGAGGCACUUUUGUUUGCAGACGCCGCCCAGUUCAGAGCUGGUGCCCCUUCAGUAUAUGGUUUGCGUCAGCAACAACAUCAAAACCGUCCACCAGGAAGUGGGAAGCCAGCUUUCUGAGCAUGAACGAGUGCUGCCAAACACUGACAUUUUACGAUUGCCGUUCUGGAAGCUGUUGGUCAAUGUGGAUUCGGGGGUGAAAGUGGAGCGAGAGCUGAGGACGUUCCACAACCGGCUGAAGAGACACCGCCUGGGAGAGGGCGUUAUCAGUAUCGGUGAACAUUCCACGAUGUUGCUUUCUGAUAUGCAGGACCACGAAUCUCUCUACGGCAGGAAAGAAAUGUCUUCACAAGAGACGAAGGAUCUCUCUCUUGUCAAACUUCUGAACAUUUCCAUUACUCUUUCUCCGUACAUGGGUGUGGACACUCGCCCAUUCCAGGUGUCUUUACAGGAUGGCACUGAGAGCUUCUGGCUCAGUCUUCCCUCUAAGUCACACUCCUAUCAGGCUCCCCUCUUAACAAAAUGGAAGGGCAAGUUUUCUGUGAAGCUGAACAUCACAAACCAUGCUGCGGUCAGCUGGUUCGUGGACCGGGUGAGCAGCCUGCAGUCUAAGCUGGGGGUGGAGUACAUCACUUUGGAGGGAGGGGAGGGGAACCCCUUUGCAGAACAGGCAAUAGCCCCUCCAAAAACCCUGGCGGGUGAUGAAUACAUCGGCCUGUUUGCUGCUGUUGGGGCCCGGAUAGGAGACUCUUCAAUCGUCACAGCAGGUACAAGAUCAAGCCACUUGCCUCUAUUUGUCCAGAUGACACCACUGCAGGCCGACUGGAGCUACUCGGGUAUAAAGGGGAUUAUUCCUUCCAUUCUGCACUACAGUCUUCUGGGAUACAACUUCUUCAUUCCUGAUGCAGUAGGAGGAUCUCUGUCCAACGAGUUUGUAACAGACGAAGAACUCUAUAUCCGCUGGUUGGAGAUAGCCGCCUUCCUUCCUGUUAUCUCCUUUCACACCCCACCCUGGGUCUGCGGAGAAGACAGGGUCCUCAAUCUCACCCGAUCGUAUAUAUCCAGACACCAGGAGUUCGUCAUCCCUCUCGUAAUUAAGUACGCAGAGGAGUGGCUGGCUGAAGGGACUCCUAUAUUCCGACCCCUCUGGUGGAUCAGUCCCGAUGACCUUCUCACCUUCACCAUCGACAACGAGUUCCUAAUAGGUGAUGAGGUCCUUGUCGCACCUGUGACAGAGAGAGGCGCUGUUCACAGAGACAUUUACCUGCCUGGCAGUGAUUUCCAAUGGCAGGAUAUGAGCAACGCCCAAGUGUUUGAUGGCGGGACGCUGUUAAAAAGUUACCCUGUCAAUCUAGAAGAAGUGGCUGUUUUCUUACGAAGAAUUUCUUAAAAACCUGUUAAGUUUUUUUCCCCACUCAGGCUAUUCAGAUUUGCACUUGUUUCAGAGACCAUUGACACAGUGUCAUCAGACAAUCGUGAGACAAGUCACAGCCUUUUUAUAUAGCUGUAUAGAUAUGUAUUUGCACUUUACAAUGACGUGAUUUCUAUACUCAAAUUCAUGUUUUUUAUAUCCUUUGAUUCAUAUCAUGACAGUACAUUUUGGGGAUUUUUAUUGGUUAGUUCUUCUUGGGUUUUUUUGUCCUCCGAGCAAGCUGUGCAUUUACAUUGAUCAUACUUCUACAGUCCUUAACAUCUACUGUAACUGCCUUCCCCCCCCUGACGACAACACAAGUUAACCCUUCCUGAAAAAGAAGUCAAUAAAUAAUAAAGAAGACCAAAUGAGAGCAACGGUAAAGAUCUUCAGUCAUCGCAGUCAGGAAGACCCCUGUGAAUGCAGUCGUGUAAGAUGGUUAAGCUUGAACAGCGUUUUAAGUCAGGUGCAUUAAAGGUAAGGAUUUUACUUGAAUUAAACUGACUCCAGUGCAGUUACUGUGCCCACAUUUUUAAUGUACCUCAGUGUAGGUAUUCCAUACUUUAUACCUUACACAGACGUCUCUUUUAAUGAAUACUUAAUACUACAUGAGCAUACCUAAUAAGCAUUGUAAGCAUUUAUCUUAAAAAAUAGGGAAUUUAAACUGUUCGAAUUGGGUACAAUGUGUUGCAAAAGACUUGCAUGGGUUUUGAGCCAGGCUGCUCAAAUCCAAGAUAUUUACAAGUGUGCUAUGGAAGCCUUCAUCCAGACUCAAAGCUCUCCAGGCUGAUGGCUCAACCCCUCUUCUAGCUGCUUCACUCUACAGGUGGCCUGGAAUAUGCCUGUUUUUCACAAAGAACGCCAUCCUUCAGAGAGGAAUGAACCUGUUGAACUUUGGGCAUAUUGCUGUGAAACUGGACAUUGAAAAAAGCUACAAAAUCAACAGCUUGGAUUCAUUGUCCCUAUGGAAAUGUAUAACAUGUUUUACUCUUUCGACACUGGGAUGUCAAGUGGCCAGUCCUCUGUGUUUGCCUGAGAAACAGGAGACUUUCCGUUGGUCGAUGCAUACUGUGUAUGAUGCGGCUUCCCAGUUCACAAUGAGCACCGUCUUCAAAGAGGUCGUGAAUCUUUCUUCAUGGCUCACUGAAUACUCUCAGAAGUGCACUUAGGGAGGUAAAACGUAACUGCUUUGGAAACAUGAGACUCUUUCUUUCUCUGUGGUGUCCAUAUCCAAAAAAAAACUUUGCAAGAGUCUUCAAAAGUGUGACUAUCAGUAUGUAAUAUUGUAAUCUUCUACAGUCAUGGCCAAACGUUUAAUAUCACCCUCAUAAAAAUAAAUGUUAAAUAGUUAUUUAACAAAGGAUUUUACUUAAAGUUAAUUACAAACUCAAAAGUACACCAACAGCUGCCACUGCAAUAUCAUUGGCAAUCCGAUCUACAGUAUGUUUUUAUGUCCCAUCUGAAGGAGGAAUACAAACAGGGUAAAUAAAUUGCUCUUGGUGAUAUAAUUCCUUACACUUACAGUAUAUAGCGCUUUUCUGGACACUCCACUCAAAGGGCUUUACUGGUAAUGGGGAAU